AUGAACGGUGGUAAUCCUUGCGCCGACCCUCCUUUUCUAGGCGUGCAGUGCGAUUCAGAGGGCCGCGUGCAGUCCAUCUCGCUGGUCAAUCGCGACCUCGUCGGCAGCGUGCCGGACGAGCUGUCGCAGGUGAACGAGCUGAUCAGCCUGAACCUGGACCAGAAUAAGCUGACGGGCGUUAUCCCCAACACGCUCAACAACCUCGUGCACCUGCAAUCCGCGUCGAUAUGCUGCAACCUACUCAGUGGGCAGAUCCCGGACUUGAGUCCUAUGACCGCUCUCAAUUUGCUACAUCUGGAUGGAAACUUUUUGCAGGACGCCAUUCCUGAAUCUCUUGCCAAUCUGCUUCAGCUGAAGGACCUCCAGCUGAACAACAACCAUCUGUCGGGUACAGUGCCGUCCGUGCUCGGCAAUCUCCAGGCGCUCACCGUUCUGCGCCUCGACCACAACUACCUCAGCGGCACGCUGCCUUCCUCGCUGACGUGGCUCGCCACCACCCCCAACGCCGUCUUCAACUUCACCGAGAAUCUCUCCGACUUGUGCGGGCCCGCAGGGCUCGGCGUUCCGGGCGGGAGCGCGGGCAAAGCGGGAGCAGCGGCGCGCAUUGCGUCCAUCAAGAAAGCGAGCGCAAGCGCAGAAGGCGGAGCCAGUGGUCGCAGGGGCGUGGGAGGGUCUGGUCGCGGUGGUGCAGACGCAGCACCCGGAGCGGUGGAGAGCGGUGCUGGUGUGCAAGCCAACAGCCGCCCAUCGCCAAUAACGAUAACGGUCGAAAAGGCCGGGGCAGCAACGGGAGAUGUUACAGCGCCGCUGAUUUCCGCUACUGGGGGAACAACGGCUGGCGGAGGGGGGGGAGGCGCAGGAGCAACGGCGGGGGCAGUAGCAGGCGUUGCUGCCGUCGCCGCAGCUGUUGGUGUGGGCGCGGCUGUAGCAGCAAGUCAGGAUAAGCGGAAGAGCAGUCCCAAGGAGACGAACAGCAUCCGCGGAAGCAGCAGCGCGCGCAGCAGCACGGAUGGGGAAGAUGGUGGCGGAGCCAGUGCAAGUGGCAGAAACGGACGUCCCUUGCCGCCCGGGAUGAGUUGGUCUAAGGGCAGCGGGAGGAAAUUUGUGGAUGAGAGCGACGAGGAGGAUAACCUGUCCAAUCAGAAAUUCUUCCCGCCCCCACCGCCCCCGCCUCUUAUAUCCCCCCCAUCCUCAUCUCCACCCUCCGCCGUUAAAGCCUCCGCCGCCGCUGCUGCAGCUGCCGGUGGUGCUGGUGGGGGAAAAUCGCCUUCCACUCCCCCGCAGCCCCUUCCUCCCCUGAUAUCCACCCCCUCCCCUGUUGCUGCCAGUUUGGAGAAGCAGUCGUCUCCUCGUCCGCCUCUUCCCCCCCCUCCGUCGUUCGGCCAUAAGCAGCCUGCAUCCCCUCGCCGACUCUCCGGGGAUUCUCCCAAAGCUGCCGCUGACGCUUCUGCUGCAGUAGCAUCUGCAACUGGGCCUGGUUCUGGGACUUCGUCUCCUGGUGCUAUCAUUGGCGCUGGCGCUGGAACAACGUCAAAGACAGGCGGGAAUACUGCUGCUGCUGCUGCUGCUGCUGCGGCGGCAACAGCUGCAGUUGCUGCCGCAGGCGCUGCUGGUGCAGCAGCCGCCGCUUCGAGUCCAAAGGCUCGUAGCUCAUCUCCCAGUCGCCCGCCGGUUGUGAUCCCCCCUGUCGUCCCGCUUCCCACGCUCAAGUCUCUGAACUCUGGAAAGAAUUCUCGGGGGGGUAGUGCUGCUGGUGCCUUGGGGGUUUCCGGUGCUGCUGGUGCUGCGGCAGGCGUUCAGGAUGGAGACGCGGGGGAUAGGAACAGGGGCAAGGAGGCAGAGAGAGGCGGGGAGAAGGGUAAGGCUGGGUCGGAGAAGCCUUCUGCUCCUGCUGCGGCGGCGGUGGGAGUGGCGUAUGGCAACGCGGGGAGAGCCCUGAGAGCCGCUGAUCUGGAGCUGGAGGAUAAGGGCGCGGGGGGGUCGGUGGCGGGGGAUGGCAGCAGCGUUGGGGGAGACGACGACGGCAGUGACACGGGCGGUGCUGCGGGCAGUGGCGCUGCUGCUGCCGCUGCUGCUGCUGGGGGUGCUGGUGCUGGGUACGCUGGGUUGGGCCGCGCUGGGGUGUCUCGAGGAAAAGCGGGAUCAGGGCGAGAGCUGGGCAGUCCUGGUGGUGGGGGCGGGGGCACGUGGGCGGGGGGGUCUGACGCGGCGUCUGAGGCAUCAGAGGAGAGCGGCAAGGGCGGGUGGGAGCGCGCGUUUUCGUUCUCGGAGCUGGCACUGGCGACCAACGACUUUGGGGCGCGCGGGCAGAGGAACGUGGUGGGGCAGGGGCGCAAUGGGACGGUGUACAGAGCGCGACUGCCGGAUGGGACCACUGUGGCUGUCAAGCGACUCAGCAAUAAAAAUCCGGACCAGACAGUGCGCGAGUUCCGCUUCGAGGCGGACGCGAUGGCGCACGCGCGGCACCCGAACGUGGUGGCGUUGCUGGGGUGCUGCGCGGAGGGCGACGAGCGCAUGCUCGUGAGCGAGUUCGUCCCCAACGGCUCCCUGGAGCUCUGGCUGCACGGCGCGGGCGCGGGCGCGGGGGGUGGCGCGGCGGGCGGGGGCGGCGCGUUUGGCGCGGGCUCCGCGGAACCCAUGGAGUGGCAGCUGCGGGUGCAUGUGGCGCUGGGAUGCGCGCGAGGUCUGGCAUACCUGCAUGAGGGCACGGACGUGCGGGUGGUGCACCGGGACGUGAAGGCGUCCAACGUGCUGCUGGACGCGCAGUGGAACCCCAAGCUGGGCGACUUUGCCCUCGCUAAGAUCAUGGCCAAGGAGCAGACGCACGCCGCCACUCGCGUCGUCGGCACGUACGGCUACGUGGCACCAGAAUACCUAAACACUGGCAUUCUCACGGAGCGCAGUGACGUGUACAGCUAUGGUGUGUUGCUGCUGGAGCUCGUCACAGGGCGACGCCCCAUCGACAACCACCUGCCGCCCGAACAGGUGGACGUGGUGCGGUGGGUGAAGCGGCUGGCAGCAGAGGAGCGGGUGACAGAGGCGCUGGACCCGCGUAUAGCGGGCACGGUGCCGGCAGACGAUGUGGAGUACGUGGUGGGCAUUGCGCUGCGCUGCAUCGAUGCCAAUGCGCUGAAACGCCCGCGCAUGAAGCAGAUCGUGCACAUGCUCGAAAGCGAAGACCCUGCGCUGAGGGACGGCUGGGUGGCAAAGAGGCCGAGUCCGAGUCCUGCAAGUGCCAAGGCGCUCCGUGACUCCAGUCCCUCAUGGUACCACCGCAACGCUGCCUCGGACUCCCCUGCCGCACCCUCCUCAGCCACUGCUGCUGCCAUGGCAAUUUCCCGAGCCAGCCCCCGAGGUUCCAGCCCACGGUUCGGCGGGGCAGGUCCGGGGAUCCCUGCGCCUGGUUCGGCGCGCGCAGCAGGCAACAGGCACACGGACAUGCUUCGCUCGGGCAGCCCGAGGAAUUUUGUCGGCGGCGCCACGGGCAGCAGCCCGAAAGCAGCGGAUAUUGGCGGGAUGAUUGCAUCAGCUGCGAUGAAAGCGGGCGUGGUGGGUGGGAGUCCCCGAGCAGGUGGGUAUAUUGGGUACAGCCCCACUAGAAGCGGAGGGGCAGUUCCAGUUUCACCCCCGUCAGCCAGGAAUGGCGGUGGUGGUGGCGGUGCUUCUGCAGGGGGAGGAGCAGCAAGGGUGGGUGCAAGCCCGCCGAAGGUGCCGAAUUAUGCACAGGGAGGAAGCCCGUCUGCUGCCCGGCUUGGUGGUGUGGGAAUGGGAGGAGCUGGAGGGAUGAGGGGAGGGAGUCCAGGGGGUGCUGGCCAAACCAAGAAAGAAGCCUCACGUGUCACGAAUCACGCGUCGAGAAUCGAGAGAACAAUGGCGCAGCCGCGCAAGUUUCUAGUGGCGGUGGACGACAGCGAGGUGUCGGCGUACGCUUUCACGUGGGCCAUCACCAACCUCUUCCGCCCCGCCGACUCCGCGCUCGUGCUCACCGCCAAGAACUACGCGCCCGACAUGCCGCUGCCCACCGCCGACAUCGCCGCUGGGGGUGCGCGCACUUCACCCACGGGCGAGUACGCGGUGCCGCUGGUGGCGCCGGUGUCGCAGGAGGAGCAGCUGGCGGUGGAGGAGCGCGCGCGCGCGCUGGUCGACAAGUACAUGCGCCAGUGCGAACAGGCUAAGGUGGUGAGUGAGGGCGAGGUGGUACAGGGCGACCCCGGGCCGCACAUCGUGAGCGAGGCAGCGCGCGUCGCGGCGGACGCGCUCGUCCUGGGCAGCCAUGGCCGCGGGAUCCUCGGCAGGACGUUUCUGGGCAGUAUCAGUGACUACGUGCGCCACCACUCCACUGUGCCGGUGGUGAUUGUGCGGCAGCCCAAGGCGGGGAAGGCGGAGCACGACGCGCUCACGAGCUCGGGCAUGGCGCGUCGGAUCGUAGUCGCCGUCGACGAGAGCAGCGAGGCGGAGUUCGCGUUCGCGUGGGCGAUGCGGCACGUGGUGCGCGACGGCGACCGCCUCACGGUGCUGCACGUGCAGAACCCCAUCGCCACGCCCACCUCGCUCGGCAUCGCAGACCAGUUCGGCAUGGAGGACGUGUACAUGCCGCCCGACACGAGCAACCGCGCCAACGUGCGCGCGCUCGACGACAGCGAGAAGCUCGUCGAACGCUUCAUGGCCCUCGUCGCCGCUAGCAGCAAGGCGGAGUGCGAGGGCAGGGUGGUGAUGGGCCCCACGGAGGAGCGGCUGGUGGAGGAGCUCAAGCAGCUCAAUGCCGACCUGGCUAUCGUUGGCACGCGCGACCACGACGUCAUCUCCCGCACGUUCCUGGGAAGCGUCAGCGACUAUCUCGCACACAACUGCCCGUGCCCACUGGUUGUGGCCAAGAUGCCCAAGCCAGCGUCUCGCCCCGGCUCCACCCAGGCCUCUCCCCGUGACUCCCACCAGCACGCCAUCUGA